AUGGCAUUGCAAGUGGUGCUGACUCUGGGAGAUGCGUAUGAUGAUUUGAAAUGGUUUCCAAGUGCUGUGAUUCUGUUAAAUCUUUGCCUCUCUCCCCAAUCAAAUCCACCUCGCUCCGCUCCUCAAAUAUGUUCAAGAAAGGAAUUGAAGGCAGAGAUACGCUUGACUCCUGAGAGGUUGGCAGUACAAGUGAAAUGGUUGAUGUCACAACAUGAGUUAUAUCUGCCAGGGGCAGACGUAGGAAAAGAGCAACGAAGAAUUCGUCUCCGCCGUUUGAAUGAUAGGUAG